ACACAACAUUGAACCGGUCUGAGGCGCGCGGGAGCAGUCUUAUUCGCGGAUCAGAGAAGUUGAGUCCCGCCGCGGUCAUCGGGUGGCUCGUUCCUCGAGUCGGGAAUCUCCUCUGAGGUUCCCGCAACUGUCUCGAGGGCUCGUGCCUCGAGUAUCUCUCAUGUCUGAUCAAGGGCAAGAUGUGAAUGAGAUCGAGGAGGGGCUGUUCCUAUCCAGUCGCGAGGUCGCGGAAAACGAGGAGGCAUUGACAUCAAUCGGGAUUACACACAUACUCACAGUGGAUACCUGGCCUCUUCGGCUACACCUAUUCACUCGACCAGAGAAUUUUGUAAGCUUAUAUCUCCGCAAAAACGACGACGACAACGUGGACCUCCUGUCCCAUUUCGAAGACUGCAAUGAGUUCAUCAGGCGCGGCAGCAAUGUUCUGGUGCACUGUCACGUCGGUGUCUCUCGCAGCGCAAUAAUCGUUCUGGCCUUCUUGAUGAAUAAAUAUCGGAUAUCAUACGAGGAAGCUCUUGCUCGUGUGCGAGCUAAACGUCCGGUCGCACCUAACGACGGCUUCGUGGAUCAGCUGAAACUAUAUGAGCGGAUGGGAUUCGCAAUCGAUGAUACAACACCGAGCUAUCAGUUGCUCUGCUUGACUUCGAUAGCUUCCGAGGUGGGGUCUUACAUGGGCUUCGCAAAUCUACCAGGAGAGGAUCGGCGGAAACUGAACAGGUAUCGCCCGACACCCUAUGAGUACAUGCCGGGAUGAACAUCCUCUUCCUUCCCUCUAAUGAUAGCUUCGUUACCUAGUCUGCUGCUUGAGGGCAAGAAGGACAUCCUUUGUCGACACUGUCGAUGUCCGCUCACAAGUUCCUCACGCAUCCUACCCCAUAAACGAGGCGAAAGCGUUUCGUGGAGGAACCUUUCCGUGGAUGCGGGCGGGAUUUUGGCCAAUUUCAGCGCUGGCUGUAGCGAUGUGUUUAUGUUACCGAGCGAGACAAUCAUGUCCCGAUGCUUGGGACUGUCAGGUGAGUUGAGGCAUCGGAAUAAUAUCAUGCUAGAGUCACAUGUUCCACUUCGAAGAGAAAUCCUUCCAGAGAGGACAGAAAAUACGAUGGGAUU